UUUCCAUCGUCGCGAACACCUUGUCAACGAACACGCCGUCCUCACCACCAUGUCCACCGUCACCCAGUCCAAUCCAUUCGCUCCGUUUUCGGCAAAAGACUUGCAGGAAUUCGAAAUAUGGAUGAAUCAAGACAAGGGCCGGUCGCGGUUCACCGAGGAGAAGCGUGCGGAAUAUUGCGACUGGGUUAGAAACCCCCACGUGAAACCAGCACCGGGUGCCGAGCAGAAGAGACUUUGGAAUCACAAAUAUGAUGCACUGUCGCACUAUCGCGUCGACGGCGACGGCAAGUUGUAUCGAACAUCGACCGCCGAACGGGACCGAGGACGGAGUGAUCGCCGGGUGAUUUGCGAAUCGGAGAUUUUUGGCACGAUCCGAGAUGUCCACGUUGAACUUGAACAUGCUGGAGUCAACAAGGUGGCUGCUGCUAUCGCCGAUAGAUAUCAUGGAAUUCGGAAGAUAGAGGUCGAAUGGCUGCUGAAGAGAUGCUCAACAUGUCCUGCUGAACGUCAAAACCGAUCCCGUGCACCGCUCGAACCAGUUAUGGCGGCCAAAAGUCCUCCCGCCGAGCGUGUUCAGAUCGAACGGAUCAUCGCCAGCCGUCCUCUCGAGCGUGUUCAGAUUGAUCUGGUGGAUUUGCGACAUGAGCCUGAUGGGUAUUACCACUGGAUACUGCACAUUACUGACCACUUCUCAAAGUUCACCUCGCUGUUCCCAUUGAUGACCAAUAUAUCCGAAGAGGUUGCAAGAUGCAUGGCACAAUGGAUUGUGCUGGAAAAGCGAUGUGGAAAGAGAAGGAUUGGAUUCGAGGAGGUGGGCUUUGGCUUUACCACGUAUUGCGUUGGCGAUGAAUUGUGA